CGAGCGGAGUCCAUGCGACGGGGAGGCGUGUCCCUGCCCGGCAGAAUGACACGCCUCGCGUCCAAUGAGGGGACGGAAGCGCCAACGGGCUGUGCGUGCGGCGGCCAAUCAGCGGGCCGCGAAGUGAGAGGCGUGCCCCUCAAAUGGUCGGUGCUCAGCUGAUGUCUUCCAGUGGAGUUGUUGUUGUUGGAGAGACGGAGACCUGCAGCUGCAGUGGUGGCGGGGGAGAGCGCGGGGGCCCGGGACAUGCAACCUCCCGCCUGACUCACCAUGCCAGCUGCUGCCAUCCCCUGGCCGGUGGAGCUGGGGCUGACGGUGCUGUGCACGGCGCUGUGCUCGCUGCUCUUCCUGGCGGUGUACGCGCAGCUCUGGCUGCUCCUGCACUACAAGCAGAAGAGGCUGAGCUACCAGAGCCUGCUGCUGUUCCUGUGCCUGCUGUGGGCCGGCCUCAGGACCGUCCUCUUCUCCUUCCACCUGACCGGCGGUGCCCUGGCCGAGGACCUGCAGCCCUUUCCCCUCUGGCUGCUCUACUGCGCCCCCAUCUGCCUGCAGUUCUUCACCCUGUGUCUCCUCAACCUCUACUUCUCACAGGUAAUUUUUAAAGCCAGCUGCUCCCCAGAAUUCAAUAGAUACAAGGUUCCUCUGCAUUUCGGAUUCUUCCUGAUCAGCCUGGCCUUCCUAGUAGUGAACCUAUCCUGCAUCAUGAUCAGCAGUGGAUCCGAUGACCCCCACGGAUGGAUCGCAAUGACUAGGCUAAUAUUUAGUGACUUUCUGUUUGCUGCCUGUUCAAUAUGCCUGGCCAAUAACACCUACAGGAUUGCAAACACCUCCCCUGCGUACGUCUAUCUAGAAUCAAAGGGCACCUCGGGAAGCCAAGCAGUCGUGACGGGUUCCGUAAUCAGCGUACUCUAUAUUUUGAGAGCCUUGUACAACUUUGUAGUUUCCAUCCAGCCAGAGAACAAGCCAAGUCCUUUCAGCUAUGGCUGGAAUGGAGUCCACGAUGAGGCUGUCACAGAGAGCUUUGGGCUGGAGUAUCUCACCUUUGGCAUUUUCCUGGUAUUCUGCGAGUUCUUGCCGGUGUGCUUGAUGACUUAUUUCUUCCGUGCCAAGAAGCUGGGCCAGAACUUGGAAGCUGCUGGUAUGGUAAAUAGUCACAGCUUUGGCUCCAGAGCUUACUUCUUUGACAAUCCUAGAAGGUACGACAGCGAUGACGACUUGCCCAGAUUGGCCAAUGCCAGAGGGGAGAGAGGAAGUUUGUCAUCUACCCCAAAGUCCUCUGGAUGGUACGGAACGAUAUGCCCAACCAGUGGCUGUGCCCUCGGACCAAAUUUACUGAAUGAGCCUCCAUCAGGGACUCCUAUCCUCUUCACAUGUGGAGCGAAUACACUGGCGUGACCCUGAGGACGGGCCUGUACACCUGCACUCUUUGCUGGGACACCGUAAGCCGGGUCCAGUAGCUUUUUGUUUACGUCUGGGUUAAUGCUGCAUCUGCACAUACAUUCCGUUUUUUGAAGACUGAAACAGUCUUGGAUGCAGCUUCCCUAAGACUUGCUGAGGUACUAGAAGGUUUCAGGCGCGGAACGGCAGCUGGCGACACUCGCGUAUGUAACUUUUUGUCCUCUGCCAUGUAUGUAUUUCAUGUAGGGGAACAACUAAUCUCUACCAACUCAAGACAUUUCAGAAAGGAUAAAGGCGUUAUACCGCCGCUGAAGACAAACUCUUCACCGUGAUUGGUCUGUUUCCUAUUUAUAAUGAAGUUGCCCUAUAAUUAAUUUACUUCUAAAUAUUUUAUUAUGGGGUUGUUUUUUGUUUCUCCAUUUUUUUUUUUUUUUUUUUUUUUUCCCCCAAGAACGUCUAGGGCAGAUCUGUAAAGGAACAAACAUGGGUGCUUAUUGGUGCCAACUUACAGGGCUUUGCACAUAUGUUCUGGAUAAAAGCCCUAGACCAUAUCGGGCAGUUUAAAUACAAAGCUCCCGUCACAUCACGCACCUGACCCGUAGUGCUAGUCUGACCAGCCUCGAGUGAUCCGGCAAAGCACUCUGAUAAAUGCUGCAUUCCCGCUGCUGACUCGCGCUUUCCUGGUGCCAUUCCGCUACUGUACAGCCAGCGGAGCUGAGGCAGGUAGGACAAGAUUCCACAGGCUGCGUAAGACUACCCUUAUACUGUGAUAAUGUAUUUAUCGGGUAAAUGCGAUCUAGCCAUAAAAAGGAACUUGUGUGAAAUAUAUAAUGUAGCAUUUUAUUUAAUUAUCUUUGCAGCCAAAUCCACAUAGAUAAAGAUGUACUUUGUGACUUUCCUAAAGAAACUCUCUGCAGUUUUCUAAGUCUCUAGCAGCCAGGUCCAGAGUUCUGCAUCCAACAUGUAACGGGUGUAUGGCUCUCAGACCUCAGGGCCUAACAAAGGGGCCCAAUUUCCUGAAAACUCUACUUCUCUCUGCUCUUAUAAAAACUCUUCAAGACCACCAGCCUAUUACAAAUGUCCAUAACUACUAUUGCAGUGACCUGUGCUGAAUAUUAAUAAAGGAAUAUCAUUAUUUGGCAGCAGUAACUGCUACACGGAGUAAGGUGGAAGUUCAGGAGCAUUGGGGGUUGUAUUCUAGCAUCUGUAAGCUUUAAGCCUUUCUGCUGGGCAAUGUGGUUACAUCCUGUAUUACAAGUUGCCCUCUAAAUAAUGAACUUGGUAACUACAAAAGGCAGACGGGCGAAUCGUUGUACCUGUGCUCUUGCCUCAGGAAGCCGUUGGCUUGUGGUCUGAGUAACGGGGAUUCGGCCUUUCUGAUCUGGUCUGUAACCGAUAUAUCAACUCUGAGAAUAAGAUACCUUGUAUUGAAGGCUUUUUGGCCCAGUUCCUCUAGUAGCAUAUCUCUAGUAGCCAGUCUGUCAUUAACGUACGUUUAAUCUCAAGACUGGCCGGCUUGCCCGGGUAGCUUGUUGGACUCUUCCAGUACUGCAUGGAGCCAGUAGGGGUCAGUGUUCAGCCUGCAAUGACUUGUAGCUGGCGUAUUGCCCCUGUUGGUCGUUUCUUGACGAAUGGGCAGAACCUGGUUUGGGGUUAAUUGCACAUGGCAGUGGUCUUAAUAGUUUUGGAGACUGCUAGUGGAAGGUGCACGUCGGGACCAUCUGUGUACAGGAUUAAUGUAUAUUUAAAUGGUGGAUGACUAUAUAGGUUUAUAAACCUGCCUCGGAGUAUAAAUGCCAGUCUACAGUAUGCCCUCCAGACCAGGUUUGACUCCCAUCAGCUAAAGAAUAUCUCCACUUAUCCUAUUACACUCCUUCCAAACCUAAAAUAUCUCCAUAAUGCACAGUACUUAUUACCUGGGGUAAGGGCCCCCAAAGGGCUCAGGUGUGUGUUUUUGUUGGAUGCAACUUUUUAUACUAUUGCAGUGCCGCACAUCUUGCUUGCCUAUAUCACCACUACUAAUAUUUGGCUAUCCUGUCUAAAACGGGCCACAUGUCUCUAAAAUUAGAAGGCUAAAUUCAGAAUGUCUCUAGAUUCUUACCUGCACCUUUUUAUAAAUAAGCACAAUUAUGAAGUCUGUUCCGUGGCCAGCUACCUGAAGGUGUGUACCUGUUUGCAGCCAUUUUGUGGGCUGAACCACUGUCCGUGAACAUGCAGUCCAUUGAUUUCUAGAAACAAAUGUCCCCUGUGUUCUUGGCACAGUGGUAUCAUCCAGUCUCGCCGGGUUGGUUUAUUGGUUCAGGCCCCAAAAUGGCUGCCCUCAAUGUGUAAAUAGGUAUGCUUCAGUGCCAACGUGUUAGUGUUUAUAAACCUACAUGACGUGACCAGUGUGAGCAUUUUUGUUUGAUGGAAUUUCGUUGCUGUUUGUGUUCUCGCAAACGUUGCGUUACAAACCAAAACUGUGAACAACUUAUACUGUGCAGUACACAGAAGGGGCUGUCGCCCAUAUUAUCAGUGUAUGGGUGAGCUAGUCUGCUGCAGUGGCCAUAGUCUUACAUGUUUCUUAAUCUUGGCUAGAUAAGAUUGCUAGAGCAUAGGUCCUCAAACUCAGUCCUCAGGACCCCCAACAGUUCAUGUUUUCCAGGUAACCCAGCAGGAGCACAGCUGACUCAUUUUUAUAAAGGUCCACAGGUGAGCUAAUUAUUUCACUUGUGAUUGUGAGGAGAUCUGGAAAACAUGCACCGUGUGGGGUCCUCAGUUUGAGAACCUGUGUUCCAGAUCGUCCUUCAUGGUGCCUGUCGUGGUCUGUGUGAGGCACCCUGUCAAGUUACUAUUAUCACUGAGGCUCAGUCUCCCUCCAGUUUUUGAUGGUUCCUGAUUGAAUAUUGGGUCCACUCAUUUCAGAAUAACGACUCAAUUUUUAUUUUUUGGUGUGUGCAUAUUGAAUGUGCAAUAAUUGAUUAAUCUAGUCCACUUCAGGCAAUUGCAUGUGGCUUUUUUUUUUUUUUUUUUUUCCUCUUAAUAUAUAUUGGUCUUAGAAUGUUAAAUGUUUUAUGUGUUGGUUGAUUCUACAGUGGAGGAGGUGAUGGGAAUCUAUCAGACUGGGCAUUUGGGUUUGCACUACUGCCUGAAUCCAUACUGUUCGGUGGUCUCUCGCCCCCUUGCUAAACCCGGCUGGAAUUCUGUUCCCUUGUCACACCAGAGAAAUUAAUUGGCUACACUGGUUUUAAAAGCUGCAUUUCCCUGACGGGGGAGGGGGGGGGACAAAUGUCUCCAAUUGAUUUCAGCGUUCCACUUAGGGAGUCCAGCUCCAAUAACGCUCGUUUCCUAGCCAGAUAAUCUGUUCUAAAUCGUCCUGAUACAGUAUAACUUGCACUAAGUUUACAUCCAUAUCCUGUCAUGUGUAGCUCUAAAAAAAAAAAUUUUAUGAAAAAAAUCCUCCUAUAAUGAUUGGCUGUCUGGCCUGCACAUACAGUACUAAUUGCAAUGGGUGGCUUGUCCGCCCUCAGGCAACUUCCUCUUCCAUGCACAAUUCCGAUUCUUUGCCUUUUUGAUCAACGCAACUGUAGACUAAUGCACAAAGCUCCACGUGUCUGUCGGGCAGUGGAAAUCUCACUUUUAAACCCCGGACGUGGCAUUCAGUUCUGACCUCCAAGCUGUAACCUGUUUGCCCUACACACAGAAGGAAGCUGAGUGCCCUUACUCCAUGGGUUGAGCCCAAGGAAAUCAUCUCGCUGUGCCUCGUUCUAGUUGAUGUGAAACGGGCCUAUCUUUGUUUCAUAAUAGUAAACCUUUUUGCCAAAGAGUUACAAACAUAAAUUUGGCUUUCUUGCUAUAAAAUUUGAAGCACUUUAAAGGAAUGUGUGGGCAUGAGUGGAGUUUUUGAAAAACUAGUUUGAUCAUUAUUAGUAUAAACUAUUUUAUUUGGGGGGUGGGGGGGUUGGAGAGUUGCAUUGGCACACGUAUUUUAUAACUUUGUUUGACCCAGGGACUGCCACCAGGCAACAUUGUAAUGUUAUAAGACCCUUUUGAGCGGAGGAUUACCAAUGACUUCUAUGUGCUGGUUUUAAUCUAAAUUGGCCAAUGAAUGUAUGUAUGAAGGUCUUUUCACUAAACUUGUAAAGAAGCUUAUGUACUGAAAUAAACGUAUCUGCACUAAA